AUGAAUAGCCAAUACAGUAUUGCGCAUAAGUCCACUCCUUAUGAAAUAGUAUUUAGAAAACCUCCACAUUAUGAUACGAAUUUGGCUAAUUUGUUUGAAAACAAUAACUAUUCCCAUUCACCAACUGAAAAGUCGAGUCCAUCUCUAGUUUCUGAAACUGAUUCUCAAGCGACCAUUAAAUCAGGAUUGAACAAUGAUGCAGAAAGUCCUGAAAUUGAUCCAUUUUAUUCUGAAGAAAUGCGGCAAGACAAUAGUGAUGUGAAUAAUAAUGCAGAUGAAGAAAUAAAUAGUAGAGUGAAUAUAAAUUUCAAUAGUGAUACGGAUAAAGAAAUGUAUAGCAAUAUGGAUGAGGAUGAAGAUGAAGUGAAUAUACAGAAUAAUUUUAUUCAAGAUUAUUCUGAAGCACGAAUUAUUAGUAAAGAAAUUGUCAUUAUUGAUGAUUCUGAUAACGAUUCUGGUGAAGAUCAACGUUAUGCUGCACAAGAAAAAGAAAAAUGGCGGGCAUAUUCUGAUAUUGAUAAAUCUGAUCAUAAGGUAUAA